AUGGCCGAUCAUUUUGAAGGACUCAUUCCGCCAGCGGACCGUGGCCAUGCAGAAACCGGAGCUAUUUACGGUGCCGUCAUUACUGUCACCGUCCUUGCUACCAUAGCUGUCAUUUUUCGUUUUGUAGCAAGAAGGAAGUCGGAGGCUUCCAUCUCCUACGAUGACUAUUCGAUUGUGCUCGCACUGGUGUUUCUCUACGGCCUCAAUGUAGACACAAUCAUUGCUGCGGCGCUAUGGGGACUCGGGAAACACUUCUUCACCUUGUCAAAGGAUCAACUCCUCCAUUUUCAAAAAAACGGCCUGGCAAGUCUCGCCCUAUACUUUACCACAAACGCAACGACCAAAAUGUCCCUCCUCCUGCUUUACUACCGUCUCUUCUCUCCCUCGCGUCGUUUUCGAAUCGCCGUCUACACCGCCGCCGUCGUCGUCGUCGCCUGGUGGAUGGCUGUCUUGUUCGCUGAUAUCUUUCAAUGCGUCCCAGUCCACGCUUUCUGGACCUUUCACGUAAAGAAUGCCAACACGGCAAGAUGCAUGGACACUUUCACCUUCUCCAUCGGCACGGGUGUCAGUAACCUUGUCACCGAUAUCAUGGUCCUGUGCCUGCCCAUGCCUAUGGUUUGGUCACUAAGAACGAACCGUGCGCAGAAGAUUUCGUUGACCGGGGUUUUUCUGCUUGGGUUUUUCGUCUGCGCCAUCUCCAUCGUCCGCAUUGUCAAAUUGGUUGCCGCGGGACGCUUAGACCCCACCUACAGUCUCGGAAUCGCCUUCACAUGGUCCUCCGUCGAGCCGAGCGUCGGCAUCAUCUCCGCCUGCAUUCCAAUCAUGCGCUCCCUCUUCAGCCACCGCCUCUUCUCCCCCGGCCUCCCCCCCCACCCCCGAUCCAACCAGACCCCCAGCGCCAAAAAGACCCCCAUGACCACCACCACCUCCUCCUCCCAUCCCGCAAGCGCCACCGUCCCCUCGCCCGUCCACGGCCACUUCACCCGCCUCGACGGCCCCACCUACCGCGACCAGCUCGAGUCGUCCUACCGCGACCGAUGGGGCCUGGCGUCCAGUGGCCGCACCGACGACGGCGGUGGUGGCGGUGGGGCGGGGUCCGGCGAUGGCAACGGUGGCGCGCCCGUCGCCAACGGUAGCUACGGCGAUCGCAAAGGCGUCAGUUGGCUCAUGUACGGGCCCGGCAAGGGCGAUGCGGCGGCCUUGGAGGAGGGAGGCGGGGUCCAGGAGCCGGGGUUCCAGCUGCGCCAGUGGCCGCGGGGGAGGGAGGGACCGCAUUGGAGGGGGGGGUGA